AUGGCAGCGCUGCCUUUGGUAGAUUCUUGUCUUUCUCUCCCCCUCCACAGGGCGAGCCAGCUGGCGGCGCCACCCACCUCCUCCUCCUCACCAGCGCGACAAGAAGAACGCGAGCGACGGCGCCGCCGAAGAAGGAACUCCGGUGACCGCGACAGAGAGUCCUCAGGACGCAGGGACGGGCGGUCCAAGAGCGGCGGGGAGGAGCGGGAGGAGAGGCGCGCCCUGCCCACCGAUUAUCGAGGGGCGCUCUCCAAGUUCUCCCCGCCCGUCCCUCACGCUCUCCUCAAGAAGAUUGGCACCAAGGAUGUCCAGGGCCUGGGAAAGGUGCGCGUGGUGCUGCGGGUGUCGCCCAAAGUCAAGAUGGGCGAGGGGGAGGCAGAGGUUGUGACAGUGGACAAGAGGCGCCGCCAGGUGACUCUGGUUGACCCCCAGACGCGCCAGGCACAGGAGGGCAGGGUGGGCGUGGCAGCACCCAAGAUGUUCGCAUUUGACCAAGUCUACACACAGGACGACCCUCAGAGUGAGGUGGUGUCCGGGGCUGUCGUGGACGUGCUUCACGCUGUGCUCGCUGGGAAUGACGGCUGCAUCUUGUGCUUCGGAGGCGCAGUCCUCGGCAAGACCUACACCAUGCUGGGAUCACACACCGGUCCGGGGGAGCUGGGGGUUGUGCCCUCCGCUGUGGCCUGGUUGUACAGAGCCAUCGUCGAGCUGAAGGCGAAGAGUGGGGCGAGGUUCAGCGUGAGGGUGUCCGCUGUGGCGGUGGACGGGGCGGGAGCCAUGCUCACUGACCUGCUUGCCGAAUAUGCACAAGAAGGUGAGGCAUCGCCGAGUGCAUUGCUCCGAGACGCAACGGGGGGCUACUUGUCUUCAGUUGCAGAGCUUCGUGCACCGUCUCCAGAAGCGGCGGCUCAUUAUCUUGAUGUGGCAGUGGCAGCACGCUCCUCGCACAAUCGUGCCCAAGUGCAGUCAGCGCACGAGGCCGCGCCUUCGGCUGGCUCUGCAACAUUGCUCUACACCCUUCAUAUCUACCAGUAUGCUGUCGAUAAGUCAGGCAAAGGAGGAGUUGUUGGUGGACGUAGUCGCCUACACAUGAUUGACAUGGGUGACCUGAGUGGCAGUCACGGGGGCAUGUCAUUAUCAGCACUCACGUCAGUUCUUCUAGCAAUCUUUAAUGGUCAAAGAUACCUUCCUAACAGAGACAGCAAGUUAACCAUGUUGCUGAAGGAAGCCUUAGGCUCUGUAACUUGUCACGCUGCAAUGGUGGUUCAUAUUUCCCCAUCACCAAGACAUGCACAGCACACACUUGCAACACUCCAGCUAGCUUCAAGAGUUCACCGAAUGAGACGCAAGAAAUUGAGGGGUCUGGGGGGAUCCGGUUCUGGAGGCAGCUCGGAGGGUUCUCAUGGUAGAUCCUCAGGUGGAGACACUUCUGCUGGGUCAUCAUCCAUGGAUUUUUCUUCGUCAGAACAAUCAUGUGAUACAGUAAUUUAUAUUGGGGGUGGUGGACCAGGUGAUACAACUGAUAAUGAACAUCCGCCAGUUUUCAUGCCACAUCACACUAACCAGCAGCUAUGGCCAAUUACACGACUUCGGUCAAUGGAACACUUGAGGCCACAUUCAGCAUCUCCAACACCUGCACACAGUCGUCGAGCAGCCUCUGCCAGCCCAACACCAACAUCACGUUCUGUGCCCAAUGGACGAUCACAGCUUAAACCUAGACCACCUCCACGGACAGUAAGCAGUGUCAAUAGUCAAGCCACUGCUGGAAAAGUCUCUCCCGGGGGUGGAUUUAUUCGUCAUCAGCCAGGUGUAAGCCAUGUUGCAUACAACAGCACUAGUGGACAGCAGCCUCUCUUAUCCUCCUUUAAGCCUCAGGUCACCCUAGGCCCCUUAGUGCCUGGUGAUCUCCGGCACUUUAAUUAUAACGCAUAUGAGGAGCCAAAUAACUUGGUUCCGGUAUUUCAGCGAUCCCGUCUCCCUAUCUCAACUCAGCAGCUCCAUCAUAAAAAACUACUUGAACAACAGCAGUUGCAACAACAGCAAUUGCAACAGCAGCAACAACUCCAACAGCAGCAGCAGCAACAACAAAAAGUUCAACAACUUCAGCAGCAGCAACAACAGCAGCAGCAACAGCUGCAACAGCAGCAACAACAGCUGCAACAGCAGCAACAACAACAACAACAAUACCAUCAAAAACUUCAGCAGCAGCAACAAUCCCAACAAUCUCAACAACAACCUCAGAAUAUACAACAGCAAAUGCAACAUCAGCACCUUCAACAACAAAUUCAACAGUUUCAACAGCAUCAAAAGCAGCAACUACAACAGCAGCAACAGCAACUACAACAGCAGCAACAGCAGCAGCAACAACUACAGCAGCAGCAACAGCAGCAACAAAGUCGCCUUUCUGUAAAAGGAACAAGUGAUGCAGUAGUGUCUGAUGAGCAGUGGAUUGAUGGGCCACGUAUGCACAAGUCACGAGUAACUGCAGCACAGAAGAUUAAAACCAAUAAAUCGGAGACAUGGGUUGAUGGACCUCAGGUAACACCUAUUAGUUAUGGUUUCAUGGACGACCACAAGAAAACUAUGAUAGAGCGUUGGGUGGCAGUUCAAACGGCACAGGUUGUGCAACAACUUGAGCAGCAACAGACCAUUCCGGCUCAAACGCCAAACCAGCCUUCCACUAACCAACAGCAGUUUACACAUCUCACUCAGUUCCGGACUUGUGAAGAGUCUACACUAGACAGUGAUCAAGAUACAUUAAGUGAAGAUCCACCAUCUGGUCCUGGCAGACCAAAUGGUCCAGAUUCUGCCCUACCACCCCAGCCUAGCCUGAUUGAGGAGCUUGAACGUAAAAACCUUAUUCCAACUGAAAAUUCAGAAGCUGAUAGACCUAACCCAACUCCCAGUGAGACAGAGGUUGCAUUAAAUGAACCUACCUUAGAUGAGAAGAGCACUGAGCCUCACUGCUCUCCAGAUGAGGCUUCAGGAGUUGAUGAACCAUCCAUAGAUGAUAUCUGUUCUCAGUGUGAAGCUUUGGCAGAAGAAUGUGAGGAGUUGAGUUCCCUGCUAUCAUGUGAAGAGGAAGAGUGCAAACGACAGGCACAUUUGGGCCUUGCAACAGUCUUAGAAGAACCAGAGUUAGAAGCGGCCAUAACAGCUGAAGAUCAAGACAAGGAAGAGCAGGAGGAUUUAGAAGCAGCCGGUCUUGAAGGUGAUGGGAUGAGCACAACGCCAAGAAGAGGAUGGGUGAGACGAUCAGUGGCUUCCUCAGGGACACAUCACUCCACUGAAUUGAUUGAGGUGCAGGUCCCAGAUUAUCCUGCGGUGACUGUUGAUUGUUGUGUGCAGGUUUGCGAGGAAGAUAUUGUCAGAGCCUUAGCUGACACACCGUGUCAGAGUGAGGUGAUGAGUGUGGAAACGAGCGACGAUCAUCCACUAAGGGUGUUAUCGGAAGAAAAUCUCACAUGUGCUUCUACAUUUACUGAUUCAUACUCUCAGAUGGGCGAGACGGGGGAUGAAGAUGAUUCUGAUGACGAUGACUCUAGACCUUUUAGUCUGUUUGAGGUUACAGAUUAUGGUCGAGUGUGCCAAGAUCUAAGUUUAGCCUUGCAAUCAGAUGUAGCAAACAAGAAUCUUCAUGAACUUGCCAAGAUACAUGAUUUGUAUCGAACGCUUGCACGUCAAAGCCCAAGAGUUCACACUGGAGGUCCAAGACUUCAAGCUGCUACAUUGGCAGAAAUUUUGACCAACAGCCAUGAUUCAUUGCUUGAGGACCAGAAACCUCCAUUAGAAGAUGAUAGCAUAUGUAGUGAACCUGCACAGGCUGAUGGAAAAUUGUGUCGGCAUUGCAACAAAAAGCAGUUACGUCAUGGUGACAGCAUUCUUAAGCUAGAAUCUGCUCUGAGGAGUAAAUCACAGUGGUUAAGCCGACCUUUGGAAACAUUGGAAGACUCUGCGAGUGAUAAGUGCAUUGGAACAGAUGAUCUUGAUUUCCAUGAAGAUCACUGCACUUGUGAUGUACAAAGUGAUCUUGUACCAUAUAUUCCUUCAAUGUUUUUCAAUUUUUCAUCUGUGCAUAAACCUGAUGUAACAUCAGACCCUUGCCUGACACGUCAAGCUUCAGAAGCUAGUCUGAAACAUUUAAGGGAUGCACAGUUGGUAGACUCAACAGAAAAGCUGGCUGAGAGAGUACCCAUAAAUGGAGUGUCAUUACCCGAGUUUAUAGAAGAUGUUGAAGCAAAUGUUGUGCUUUGCAACCCUGUACAAUAUGAUUAUAGCAAAGAUGAUGAUGUUAUAGAUGUGAAUGAUGAGCGAACGGUGACUGGAAAGAGUGAUAACGAAAGUGACUGUGUUAGUAAUAUAAGUGAAGACUCCGAGUAUAUGAUGCAAACUUCUAAACUUUCCAAAUUCCUCUGUGUAGGCGUUGGUAAAAGUAAAUCGAAAACUCCUUACAAAGUAGCAAAGCAAAAUAAUAAUAAGAUAGUAGAAAAUAAGAAAAAUAUGGCAAAAAUAAAAGAUUCCAAAGUUAAAAACCCUACCAAAAGUAGAGAAAGUUCUAAAUCUCCAGAUCGCAAUUCAAAAAACUUGAUAAAGUCUCCCUCCCGAGUGGUCUCGCAAAGUGUAGCUAAGCAAAGUGUUAGCAGACGAGGUGAUACAGUAUCAGUGCGCACACGCUGGGGUAAAUCUGCCCGUGUAGGUGCAGUCAAGCCUCAGGCUGGAAGCACCAGGGGUAACUAUCGGUAUACGUGCACGUUGAUGUAUCCCCCAGAUGCUCCUACGCCCACCGAAGGUUAUGACUCUGGUCACGAUUCCGGUGCAGCUACCCAAGGUAGUGCUACACCUAUGGAAAGCAAUGAGGCUUGGAGAACUACUCAAAAUCUCCAGCCACAUCAGCACCACCAUCCAGCAGCAAACAGUGGAUCUCUUGGCACUAAUCCAUCCCUGGGGGAGUCCUCUGGAUACGAGAGUAUUCCACGAGACUCUGAGUGCUCCUCAUUCAGCUCUUCUCAGGAUUCAGAGAUGGAUGAAGAACAGCGAAGAGAUGCCCAGGCUCAUUCUCAAGCCUUUAUACAUCCUCAACUUCAACCAAAACCUCAGGUUUUAAGUGUUCCAUCCAAAGUAGAGGUUGAGGAGUGGUGUGAGGAGGAUGUGAAAAGAUAUGAAGGCCGGCCAUGUGCAGCCAAAAUCCCUCAGCUGAGGGCAUCUCGUCAGCAAAUUUUGUCUUUGAAAUCAGCUCAAAGAUCAUUGAAAGCUGACUUGGCACAGGCCAAGGGAAAUCUCAAUGUUCCUGCUGACUCCUGGAGCUACGAACUACACGUAAAGGAGGAUUCGCCACUGGAUCAUCGCACUUUUGUGGAAGCACUCGCGAGGGAGACGGUCAUCUUGCAAAAGCGCGUAGCAGCCGCCCGGAGUCGUGUCCUUAUUGUUACAGCUUUCUUGCCUAGAGAACGACAUGAAACCCUUAUAAACUGACAUUGGGGGCUGUUUAAGCGCAUUGUAUUCCACUUUGUAUUAUUUUCAUUUGUCCAGCGUAUCAUAGGUUCACAAAUGAGUUAUGUUCAGUUACAGCAUAAGCUUUGUUCCAUUGACAUUUGUGCACUUCUUUGCAGUCAAUUAUUUUGGGAAUUGUAAAUCAAUUUAUUUGCCCAUGUCUCAGGUUAUCUAUGUACAUCACGUAUAGUGAUAAAAAAUCAAUUAUAAAUCAGACAAAUUGUAACAAGAACCUACAUAUAUCUAUGAUCUCAGCUGCAUUAUUAUGGUCCCAGUAUGUGAUAUCUAUUUUCUAACAAGGUAUUCAAUUUCAGUUUGCAGGAAAAUUUGAACAUUUAUGUAAUUUGGGUAUAAUAAUUUAUUAUUUUGCAUCAAAUUGUGUACAAUGAAAUUAGUUAUAACUUAUUUAUAUUCUUUGUUGAAACACAGUCCCAGUCGAUGUACUUGUGGCAAUAGAAAGAAACAAAUAAUGCCCUAGAGUAAAUAAUAUAAAAUUGAGCAUUGAUCAUGGAAAGGAAAAUGGGAAUCUUAUCAGUAAAAACUAUCACAAAUUUUGUAUCCCCCCUCCCACCACCUCUUGAGGGGUAGGGGGAUAUCUUGAGGGUAAUAGAGCAUGUGUGUCAAUGUUGUCACACGGGCUCAAAAGAUGAUGGUUUCAUGCAGGAAUUGCUUUAGCCAUAGAUGGAAGAGGAAGGAUUUAAUUAAAUUUUUCUUUACUGAUCAACAUUAAAUGUUUUAUAUUGUUUAGUCUAAGUCAAUAGAAUAGCUUUUUUGGUGAAUGUGAUUCGUACUGUAUAUUUGUGAGCAAUUGUUUCUUGCAUACAGGUGAUUAUGCAAGAUUAUCUCAGUUGCAUGUGUGAUUUACUUAAAUCAAAUGCACAUAAUACAUUAAUAUAUAUUGAAUGUACAUUGGUAGCUAGUGAAAUACAUAGGUUUGUCAACAAACAGAAAUUACAGAGAGGUAUGUAUGAACUAUCUCUUUUCUAUAUUUAUAAAGGUGGUCUUUUUGCCAGCAUAGUCAUGUAUUGUGUAAAAUAAAUGAUUGUUUAGUUA